AGUUAAGUGGGCUUCGCCCGUGGAAUGCAUGAUGGCAGCGAUGCGUUGUUGUUGUUGUUGUCCUCGUCGUCCUCGUCGUUGGCUGCGGCUCUACUAACCACUGUUACUACCAAAUCGGUGCCAAGCCUGACAUCAACCUUGUCAGACCCGCAAUUCUCGCCAGGAUGGAAACAAAUUCCUACAUCUACAUGCAGAAUCGCUCCCCAGCUGAAGCAGAAAAUCCUAUCAGUCUUCUAAGGGACGUUGACGGCAUUGAUUCCCUCGUCGGCGACCUUCAACAGGAUCAGAAGACCGAUAGCGCUGCUGAAAGUCGUGCCCGACAGUCGCUAAACCCACGCAUCCAGUUUUUACGCCUUUCAGCCAUUGUCCGGGGACGACAGGGAGUGGGCAUCCUAGGAGCAACACCUCCAUAUCAGCCUGUGCCGCCGUCUUUGUAUCGUUCCCUCCCUUCCGAUCACGAACAGGACUUGGAGACGCGAUCGGAGCAUAGGGCGCUGUCACCUCUGCGCAACAUCGUUUUUUCACGUUAUCCGCCGGUGCAUGACUCACAGCAGCGCUCUUUUGUACGCAGUCCAAACACCUUCACCGGCCUCCAAAGGGUCCCUCUCUCUCGAACUGUCAAAAUGCCCCAGACAGGAUUCCAGGCUUUGAUCCUAUGUGGUCCCGGUAUCGGUCUGAGCACGUUCACCAGUGUUCCAGCAGAAUUCCCCAAAGCUUUGGUCGAGGUCGCCAACCGGCCUAUGGUCUGGUAUGUUCUGGACUGGUGUUAUCGUAUGGGGGUGACAGACAUUACUCUGAUCACUCCGCCAACCUCGAAGGAUCCUAUCGCUGCGGCCCUUGCACAAAAUCCAUAUCUCACAUCUUUACCCUCACCAACCCCCGACCUCUUGGCUCCUGAAGAGCUAGAGUUUACGACACCGACAGCGGAGCUACUGAGGUUACCAGAAGUGCAAGAGAUCAUCAAGUCCGACUUUUUACUACUUCCUUGUGAUCUAAUCUGCGCUGUCCCCGGCGAGGCCUUCCUUGAGACGUAUCUUACGAGAUUGGGUGGGCCAGGUGGUAUUGGUACCAGUACAGGCGGGGACCAUGAAACGUCGAGGAACGAACUCCUGGCACUUGGAGGAGAGUCGCGGGGUCGACGAGGCGGUUUAUCGAUAUGGUACAACACGAUCGACCGAGAAGAGAGCGUCAAAGGGGAGGAGUGCGAUUUUAUGUGCACUACAAAACUUGAUGCCGAACAUGACAUUCCGCUUUCCAAGACCGCGUUUGCACAGACGCAAGGCGUUUUGCGAAAGUUGGUCUGGACGAUGCCUAUGUCAGAGCUUUGGGAUCAGUGUGAGGAGGACAAGUCGUGGAAGAUACGACAGUCUCUUCUUCGGAAACACGGCGCUAUCAAGUGCAUGACCAAAUACCGAGACUCGCAUAUCUACCUGUUUCCUCACUGGGUCAAGGACUUCGCCAAGCUGAACGAAGAUUUCGAGUCGGUCAGCGAGGAUCUUGUGGGCACCUGGGCAAAGUCUGAAUGGCGCAAACCCAGCUACCGGGCCCGAUUUGGCGCCAGGAAGAUAUUCUCACGAAAGAUGACUGCGGAACAGAAUGCAGUUCCUUCACAUGAGCGGCCAAUUGAGGAAGAAAUCGAUCUACUUUCUCUGAGCAGUACACAAAUCACAUCCCAGCCGCCGACGGAGUCAGCUCCCACACCUCGUAUCGCACGACUUGCGUCACGGGUGCCAACCGAUCUGGAAGACAGCAUCUUGUCGCCAACUGACACGACUCAAGCCGCAGAAGAAACGGGCCCCGUUCCUCUUGUGCCUCCUAUCUUGUCCUACAUCCUUCCCUCGACCCCUAACGCUCCCCUCGUGCGUCGAGUCGACGCAACUCCUCUCCUCCUCUCUGUGUCCCUGGCUCUCGCCAAACUGCCCUCUAUAGAAGAGUCUCUGGCAGCUAGAACUCCGGCCUCGCCGUUCGCACACCAAUCCAAAGUCCAUCCGACCACGACCAUUGCACCACGGGUCACCAUCUCCCGCUCCGACACGCUCAUCGACAGCAACAGCACAAUCGCAACACAGUGCGUGAUCAAGUCCAGCGUUCUUGGCGCCUCCGUGGCGAUCGGCACAGGCACCCGGAUCACAGGGUGCGUGAUCAUGGAUGGUGUUACAAUUGGCGACAAAUGUGUCCUGACCAACACGGUCGUGGGCAAGAAGGCCAAGGUGGGGAACAAGUGCACGCUGGUCAACUGCGAGGUGCAAGAUGGCAAUGUCGUGACGGAUGGCACUGAAGGAAAGGGCGAGAAGUAUCUUGUCGGGGGGUUGGAGGAUGAGAUGGAGGACGAGGAAGGCAUGGGUUUUGACGACGAUGCCGACGACGAUGCUGGUGAUGCCGAAGGGAUAGAAAUCUGAGCAACGGUGCACGCGGCAUUGACUUGAGCAAUACUACUCCAGGGGCGUACCUAGGUAUGCUCCAGCCCGUAAGAUUUACAUUAGGUAGCAGAUUUCUGGCUGAAGACGACGACACAAUCUACUGCUGCAAUAGACCACUGCAAUUCUCGA